AUGAAAUAUAUAAUUAUAUCAUUAUUUAAAGUUUAUAAUAAACAAAAUGAUAGUAUACACAAAGUAGCACAAAAAGUUUUUGUUAAUAAAUUAAUGAAUGAAACAAUAAAUUAUACAAAUUAUUUAAAUAGGCAAGAUGUUCCUUAUAUUAAUAAUGAAAGGGAGGAUGAAGGUGUUAUUUAUACUAUUCAUCGUAAACUUCCAAGGAAUAAUAUUUGCUCAAAAACAAACAAAGAAUGUCGUAUUUGUGGUGGUAUUGCAACAGGAUAUCAUUUUGGAGCACAAAGUUGUGCAGCAUGCACAGCUUUUUUUAGAAGAGCAAUUGUCCAUAAACGGGUAUUUAAAUGUAGAUUUAAUGGAAAUUGUGAUGUAACAAUUUUUGUUAGAAAUUCUUGUAGAGCAUGUAGAAUGAAAAAAUGCCUUUCAUGUGGUAUGGAUCCAAGCGCAGUACAACCUCAUCAUGAUCCUAUUGGUCGAUUGCCUUUAAAAAAUGAACAAGUAACUUUAAUAGCAAAUAAUCAUCAAUAUAUUGAUACCUCAGAAGUAAAUUAUAAUAUUUCAACUUAUCAACCUAAUGAUGUUGAAUAUCAGGGACAUUAUGGUCAGGAAGUUUCAUUAAGUCCAUCAUUUUCAGGACAAAAUAAUCAUGGAUCAACAUGUUGUGAAAGUCAUAUUCCUGAUAUUGAUAAUAUAUUUGAAAACUCAAUUUUUUUUUUUAAUCGAAAAUGGGAACAAAGAAGAUUAAUUAAUUGUUAUGGAAAUUUUAAAAGUCUUCUUUCUGAUGAAGUUCCUGAGGCUAAAGAAAUUAAAUUUGGAGAACAUAUCAAACCAGAUGCAUAUAAAGUUGAUUUAGGAAUUUUGAUAAUGUUUCUUAAUGACAUUAGAGGAUAUGAAAAUAUAGAAGGAAAUGAUAAAGAAUUACUAUUAAAGAAUAUAGCUUUAUUUUCUUAUUUCCUUGAACGUCAUUUUAUUUCAUUAAAAAGGGGUGGUCUAGAAAACCAACAUUUAUACUUUCCAGAUAAUACAUACGUUGAUCUCUCAAAUUUAGAUAAUAUAGAGUUAUUUAAUAAGCCUAGACAUCAUUCUUCAAGUAGUGAAAGUGAUAAUUUGCAAGAAGAAAGUCAUUAUGACGGACCAAAUUUUGAUAAUGUUAAAAGAAUAUUAUUAGUCUCUGUCAAAGAGACAUUUAACAUUUUACUAAAUGCUAUGAAAGAGAUUGAUAUAACAUCAAUUGAAUAUAUUGGAGUUUUUCUUGUGUCAUUUUUUAAUCCUGAUUUACCGGGGUUGACGCCAACUGCAUCACAUAUAUGUAGAGAAAGGCGCAAUCAAGUAUUUAGGGAGUGGAUGAAUUUUUAUCACAAACAAGGAAAUAUUGAUGGUGUUGAGAAAAUAGGUAACAUGAUUUUACUUUUAUCAUGUGUUAAGGAAAAUCUCAAUACAGUACAAUCUGCAUUCCAUAUGAUAAGAGUUUUUAAAAUAUUUGAGUAUGACAAAAUGUUAGAAGAUUUAUAUUUAUAG